UGCGAUCUUCCGCCGUGCUCUUCCGCUGCCGGUAGAUUGAACGUACAACUGCUUAAAAAAAGCAGAACUACCAACGACGAUCAACAAGCAAGUAUUUAGCUUUUGUUGUGGCUCUGAACCACAACAGAUAGAACUGAAGACCCUCUGAGUCAACAGAAGAAUAUAUUGUGAUCAUUUAUUGGUGAGCCACAAUGGCUGUGAAUGUGUACGCAACGUCAGUGACCAGCGACAACUUAAGUCGACAUGAUAUGCUGGUGUGGAUCAACGAGUCUCUCCAGAUGAACCUCACAAAGAUAGAAAUGCUGUGCACAGGUGCCGUCUACUGCCAGUUUAUGGACAUGCUGUUUCCCGGCUCAAUCCCUCUGAAGAAAGUCAAAUUUGGUGCCAAGUUGGAGCAUGAAUACAUCCACAACUUCAAGCUUCUGCAAGUUGGUUUCAAAAAGAUGGGGGUUGACAAAAUUAUUCCAGUUGACAAACUGGUCAAGGGGAAGUUCCAGGACAACUUUGAGUUCGUUCAGUGGUUUAAGAAGUUCUUUGAUGCCAACUACGAUGGGAGGGAGUAUGACCCGGUGGCCAUGAGGCAAGGCCAGGAUGCCUUGACUAGUCCUCCCACAUCAGCCCUCAACAAACUCCCUAAGAAGACCCUCAAUCAAGCUACCCAGAAGCCCCCAGUUGCAAAAGUUGCACCGAAGUUGGCUCCAGCUGCGACAAAGAAACCAGGGAUGGGAGGUGGCGAUGAAGAGAGGGCGGAGCUCAUUAAUGAGAUAGAGAUUCUGAAAUCCACAAUUCAGGAUAUGGAGAAGGAAAGAGACUUUUAUUUUGGUAAGCUGAGGAACAUUGAGCUGAUUUGCCAGGAGAAAGAAGGAGAGGGCGACCCCACACUGCAGAGGAUUGUCGACAUUCUCUAUGCCACAGACGACGGUUUCGUAAUACCAGAUGCCGAAGAGCAGGAAGAGUUUUAAAUCAAGACUGCAAGCAGAUUCUCAUCCGAUGUCUUGGUAUCAACCCACCUCAGAGUCCUUUUUUUCAGGCCAAGGCGGUUUGGUUUCACACCCCGACACCAAGCCCGCUCUCUAUAAUCGACAAAGCCUUCAAAAGCCAACCCUAGCACUGCCCUGUAAUCCGGUCCUUCCCAAAACCAGAUCUCUGAGUGGAUUAGAUCUGGUAUCUGUUGUGGACUCCAGUGUAAAAAGCAUAAGUGAUGUCGUGGCUGUUCUUAUGUGCGUGUGUGUGUUUGAUAACCUGUUUGAUGCAAAUGAAGAACCUCGUCCUCCUAAUGACAGAGCUGGUUUACCAGCCCUUUGUUCCAAACAAACCCUGAAUGUUUUGUUUCUGUCACGGUGCUGCAGCCACUCUGUGCCUCUGCUGGUGACCAUGAAGAGAAGCACAACACCCGAUCAAAUACUGAGGGACAUACCGUCUUUUUUUCUAUAUGGUCUUGUUUUUAUCAUUCAUAAAUGUUCUGAAUUGGUAAUUAAAUCAGAUUAAUUAAAUAGGAGAGGUUUGUCAGACUAAUCUGAUUUGGUCCACAUGCAGACCAGGGAUGCAAAUAUAAAUGGUUUUGAUUUCCCUAAAACUUGCAUUGCUAAAACAACCACCAGAGGGCAGAAGUGAACGAGUAGUCCAGCAGUAUCUGAAGCAUCUGACAGUCAGAACAAGACAUUGAGGUUGGCAGAUAUGUAGGAUUAUCCUUUGACACAUUGUUCAGCACCUGAUAGAGCUUCACAUGGAUCCCUGGUCUGGUUUGUGUGAAGCUGGGUGGAUGUCAGGAGAGGCUGUCUGUUGCAUCAAUGCUUUAUCCUCUGUCUGCUAACCUCUGCAGUGGUUUGACUAACUGAUGCUCUGGUAGCUAGCUCUCUGUAGAACAAUCUUUUCAUCUUUAUUCUGGGACAUGGGAACGGUAUGGUCUUCUUUUGGCCUUUUACCACCUAUGAACAAUUAUUCUGUGUGAAGUGCUUCUGUCCAGUUAUUAUUGUCCCAUUUCUGUCUUUUCCCUCCAUGUCCUCAUCUUUAGGUUCUUCU